UCCUCGAGCUCCUCCGCUUCUUCCUCCUUCCUCCUUCCUCCUUCCUCCUUCCUCCCAUCAUCCAAACCUAGCAAACACAUACAAACACCAACAACCAUGGCGAAACACCGAACAUCACCACCUACCGUCCUCACGGCCGCGGCCGCUGCGGCAGCAGCCCUCUACCUCCCCCUCGCCUCCGCCGCUCAACCCGGCGCCGCCUCUCCGGUCCCCGCCCCGAUGCGCGACCUAACAUGGGGCCAAAUCAACUUCCUCCACACCACCGAUGUCCACGGCUGGCUCGGCGGCCACCUCCUCGAGCCACAAUACUCGGCCGACUGGGGCGACUACGUCUCCUUUGCCGAGCACAUGCGCCGCAAGGCCGACGAGCAAGGCGUCGACCUCCUCGUCAUCGACACGGGCGACCGCGUAGAGGGCAACGGCCUCUAUGACGCCUCCUCCCCGAAAGGCCUCUUCACCUACGACAUCUUCAAGGAGCAGACCGUCGACGUCAUCUGCACAGGCAACCACGAGCUCUACCAGGCCGACGCCGCCCAGCGUGAGCACGAUAUUACGGUGCCGAAUUACAGAGAAAACUACAUUGCGAGUAACCUCGACUAUAUUGACCCAAAUACGGGCGACCGCGUCCCGCAGGCCAAGCGCUACCGCAAGUUCAAGACAAAGAAUCAAGGGCUCAAUGUCGUUGCCCUCGGCUUCAUCUUCGACUUCACGGGUAACGCAAACAACACGGUCGUCCAGCCGGUCGAGGACACGGUCAAAGAGGAAUGGUUCAAGACGAUGCUGCGCGAGGAGAAGCCCGACCUCUUCGUUGUCAUCGGACACGUCGGCCUGCGCAUGCCCGAGUUCAAGGCCAUCUUCACUGCUCUGCGCAAGGAGGCCUGGUUCGCGCCCAUUGCCUUCUUCGGCGGCCACGCCCACGUCCGCGACGCCCUCUCCUUUGACAGGGAGGCGUAUGCCAUUGCCAGCGGUCGGUACGGCGAGACCAUCGGGUGGAUGUCCGUCAACAACGUCAAGAAGAAGUCCAAAGCAGAUGCUGCCGACGACGAGGUCUACGACGAGGCUGCAUCUUCAGUCUCCUUCUCGAGAAAGUACAUCGACAACAACCUGCUAGGGCUCUACCACCACACCGGCCUCAACGAGACGACCUUCCCAACAGAGCACGGCAAGAACGUCAGCAAGCUCAUCACCAAAGCCCGCAAGGCCCUCGAUCUGGACUACCAGUACGGCUGCGCGCCCCAGGACCUGUGGGUGAACCGCGCCGCCUACCCGAGCGACGACAGUCUCUUCACCUGGCUCGAGACGCAAGUCCUCCCGGACGUGAUCCACAAGGACGACAGGAAGGACGUGCCGCGCCUGGCCAUCGUCAACACGGGCGGUCUCCGCUUCGACAUCUUCAAGGGCGCCUUCACAAAGGACAGCACCUACAUCGUCUCUCCCUUCACGAGCACCUUCAAGUACAUUCCCGACGUGCCCUACCCCGUCGCCAAGCGCGUCAUCGACCUUCUCAACAAGGCCGGCAAGAUCUUUGCCGAGACGGCGGGCACGAGUGACGUUCGCUUCAUGAAUAUACCCGAGAUGAUGUACCCCAAGGAUGACAUGGUCAUGCUCAAGACAGAGGAAGACGCACAAACGGCCGGCGAACCCCGCCGCCUGGAACUCCGCCACAUGCCCGCCGACAACCAACAACCUCUUUCCGACAACGACGACGGCGAUGACAAGUCCAAGAAGCCGGACCUCAUCGGAGGCUACACCACAAAAGACGAUAUCGGCACCGACGGCGACGACACGGAACACUCCCCCAUCACAUUUUACGAAGUCCCCAACUGCAUCCAGACAGAAAUCGGCUUCCCCAAAGAGGGCGAGCCGGAGAAGGUGGACCUCGUCUUCAUCGACUUCAUCCUGCAGUGGAUCAUUGUCGCGCUCAAGUUCAGCGGGGGCGAGUACAGCGAGAAUGACGUGCUGAGCUGGUCCGACGAGACGCUGACGUACAAGAUGGGCGAGUGGAUCAAGGAGAACUGGAAGGGAGACUGUUGAGACGGCAUAAAACUAGUAGAGACAGAUCGUCUCCUUGAGAUAUUGCCUGCCUGGGUUUUUGUUUGCAUUGUUUAUUUGUUUAGAUUGAUUUUCAAGCCUCAGGUAAAUGGGGUCACUCGGUAUUAGCUAGCUAGGAGUUUUGUUUUGCAAAGGGAUCUGAGUCCCGAAAUUUUUGCUUUUCAUCGGGCUGUAAACAAUUAUUACCCUAGUCUAGACUAGGCCAGACGUUUAUACUACGAACGUGAAUGUCGGCACGGAACCGGGGAGAUUAGGGACAGGAUCAUAAAGUAUGCCACAUGAAUGGGAUGGAUUGGAUGGCAACACAGGUAGACCGGUAGACUGGGCAAUGAACAAGCAUAAGACACACACACUCACCCAUCACGUUGCGGUCUCAACAAUGCCGAGUCAGAAUACAUUGUCACCUGGCGCUGGGACUCUUGUGCUCGGUCGCAUGUUUUUUUUA